GAACGUCUGCACAAAAGUUGCAAAAAGUGUUUGUGGGGUACAGACAGGCAUUUUGGAGGUCUUCCUGGAAGGAAAUGCACAUUUUGAAGCACAUCAACAGAUAACAUAGCUGAUAUUCUAGGCUGAAGACAAACAUCACGAUGGGAAACGUGACGACAUCAGACCUGCCCACAGAGAAACAGCAGGGAGUCCGGACACUUCUGGACUUGAGCAGGAAGUUGAACUAUCAUCAAUAUGUGAAGCAUGUGAACAAUGAAGACCUGAACGCAGGCAGCCUGACAGCUCUACCAUGGACACUUCUGAGCUCUGUGUCUCUCCAUGGGGGCCUGGAUGCCUCCUUUAACUCAGUCCCAGAGAUACCCAAGGACCUGCCCCUCCACCUGCCCCAUCUAACCUACAUCAACCUACAGUACAACUGUCUGGCUACUCUUCCUGACAGUAUUUCCCUGUUCUUCCACCUGAGAACCCUGUUGCUGAGUCAUAACCAGCUCCAGACCUUACCUGCAUCCUUCAUCCAUUUGUCCAAGCUGCAGAAACUGGACCUGUCUCACAACUGUCUCACAGAGCUCCCACAGGACAUUGGAAACCUGCAGGCCCUACAGAGACUCAAUGUUUCCAACAACAAAUUACAAAACCUUCCUUUGUCAUUAGGAACAUCGCAAACUCUACAACUUUUGCUUGCUGUCAGCAAUAAAUGUUGCAUGCCCCCACAACAAGUGUGCAAUCAGGGUUCAGAUGUGACUCUAAACUAUCUGAGAACUCAGGUACCAAAUGGUGUACCUUCCUCUGAACACGCCACCCCAAGAUUUAACACCUUCAAAAGGAAGAGAGGACAUGUGUUGCACGCAUCGGUUCAGAACCCACAUUGUGCACGGAGCCUGUAUGCACAGGAGCAGACGCACACAACAAACACGACCAGCAGGAACCGUACGCCACUCCGCCCCCCUCCCCACGGGACCAAGCUGCACGCUGACACACUGAUGGACAGGGUGCUGGGACUUCUGUAUGGUGCUGCCAUAGGAGACGCCAUAGGUAUUGCUACAGAGCUGAUGACACCUGAUGAGUGCAGGUUCCACUACAAUGCAGAAACCCUGUCCUACUCAGACAUCAUCAGGGACAAGCACAGGGUGAGGUGGAGACCUGGAGACUGGACAACUGACUUUGAUCAGACUCUGCUGCUCCUGGAGUCCCUUCUGAAGUGGGGAGGGGUUGUGGAUGAGUUAGACUUUGCUCAGCAGCUGGAGACGUACUGCAGGGUGGGGUUUCCUGAGCUGGGGGACACGGAGGAGCCGCUGGUGGGGAACACCAUCCAGAGGGUCCUGUCUGACCCCAGGUACCUGCAGGACCCACAUGGAGCCGCUAGGAGGCUCUGUCACAAAGUGGAGGACCAAGAUGAUGUGCUGUUUGAGUACUGUGACAACAGCUGCCUGACCAGGACAGUAGUACUGGGAGUGCCACAGUUCCACGAUCUCAAGGAGGUGUCAGCCAAUGCCAUCAGAAUAUGUAGAGCAACCCACCAUGACCCUCGUUGCUUAGCAACUGCUGUUGUUCUCACAGCAACCAUUGCACUCAUGCUGCAGGGGAGUUAUGACAUCACCAAGGAUGAAUCCAUGGAGGAACUACUUCAAGUUUCCAUGGCAACAGGACGUCAACAUCUGUCCAGACCGGCCCACCUGAAAGCCUUUGAACAUUACUGUGGGCUCAGGGACUAUCAGAGCAUUGAGGUGUGGGCCCCUCACCAGAACCAGAUGACAUUCUGCUUCAAGACACUGGCAGCUGGGCUGGUGGCCCUUAGGAGCAAACAGGACUUCAGGUCUGCAAUCACGGAGCUUGUGAUGCUUGGAGGAGACAGUAACACCCAUGCCUCUGUGACGGGUGCACUGCUGGGGGCCUAUUGGGGUUACAGAGCGCUGCCCCAUGAUUGGCUGAAUGACCUUCCUGAACCCCAGGCUUCCUUACUCAACACCAAAGCCAAUGCCCUGUUGGACAUGAUGGGAAUUCCCUGAGAAACUAUUGGGCAUUGUAGGCAAACUCAGAAGGAUAAUGGGACAUCAUAGUGUUAAGAAUACAUGAAUUUAGAUCUCCUUUGUGAAACAUUCUGCAAACUUGUCAUGUUGCAGGUUGUGCCCUGAGGAGUUGUGGGUCAUGUUAAUAGGUGUGUGCCCAAGGACCAGGGGAUGUUAUGGGUCUACAUGCCAUCAAUAUAAUAUAAAUGGGAGAAAAGAGGUAUUCAGAACUAUAACAAGAUGGGCAAGGCAGGAAAAUUAAAUAAAAGUACAGUACAGUGUAUACUUAUUUGGUGAUGUAUUUCACCAUUUUGAAGGUAAAGGGUUUGUGUGAAGGGUGAUGACCAAACUGUCCUAUCUUUUUUCCUGCAAGUAACAAUCUGUUGGUGGACAUAAGGUCUGCUAAAUUCUUCUCAAUCAGUUGUAACUAUUUUAGGUUUAAGAUGUGCCAUUUUUGUUGACAUCUUUGCAUUGGUUGGAUUUUAGAAAUUUUAUGUAUAUGUUUAGGACGCUAUUCUAUGAAUAACAGGUGCAAGAAUCUCAAGUCAAUCCAUCAGUAUUAUUGAAACUUAGAUAGCAUUGAGAAUACUUGUAAAUUAUAUCAGAUAUUUUUACAAUUACAGUCAUGUAGCAUGGCUUGUUCAUUAAGAUAUUUAUAGCAAGCCUUGUAUUAUUUGUAUCCUCAAGUACAACCGUCACAUUUUGUGCAGAUCUUACUGAUCAUUGUUAAUCUGUUUACUCUGAUACACCACUCAUAUGUUCUGAUGUCAACAGUGAAAUAUGUCUGAUAUUGCUGGUUGAUCCUAUAUUGCAGCGUUUGUUGUCAGAUAUUUGAAAUGGAACCAUAACAGUGAAACAGUGGAAACGUUAUUUACUAGUCAAUGGUCUUAUCCCCCGCAUUCAUGAAAUGUAUCCAUGAGCGCAAGCACAUGUACAAUUUAGGUGCUAAGGUCAGAAUCAGGUAAAAAAAUUUACUUCUCUAUCUUGUAA